UGUAGUGUGUACACAACAAAGCUGUGGUCUCUGGGGGGUUGCGGUUUUAGGGUUUGUUUGUUGUUUCAUCUACGUUUUUGGGGAUUUCUAGAUCCGCGAAGUCUUUAGCGAUGGCGGAAUAUUUGGAUUCAUUCUACACCUGCAUAUAUGAGGUUGUGAACGAUCCUUCAUUGGAUUCAAUAAUCUCGUGGGGCAAAAGCAACAACAGUUUCAUCAUUUGGAAUUCGAGAGAGUUAAGCAGCGAGCUUCUUUCGAUUUCGAGGCCCUCGCGUCUUCCUUGCGCCAAUAUCAAAAUGUUCUUCCACGACCUCCAGCAUUAUGGAUUUAAAAGAGUUAAGGGGUCUCCGCACAUUGAAUUCGGAAAUGCUUAUUUUGUGAGAGGUAAACCCGAGCUCUUGCGGAAGAUGCAGCAGAAGUCUUUUGACAAGAAUCACCGUAAAUAUCAAGCAGCUAGGGCAAAGAAUCAAGCAAUUAAGGAUGCAGGGGAAAAAGUGCCUUGGUUCCAGGGGAAUAAGGAUAGGGUCGCCAGCGAUGACGACAAGAGGACUGUCAGAGAAAGACUUUGUAGCAGUGGCCGACUUGAUCAAGGAAGAUGUAGAGAUAGCGAUAGAAGCCAUGAUGAAGUUAGUGCCGGGAUCAAAGCUUCAAGAAUUCACCAAGUUGGUGACUUCACUUGA